AUGGCAAGCCAGAACUCCAACCCCAACGCAGACCCCGUCUUCUUCGGUGGUAUAGAAGUCGACAUCACUCAAUUCGAUUUCAGCGACCAUACUUCGAAGGUCAACAGUCUUACGAUAACAUGCGCAGUCUUCAUCGCUCUGGUGGUGUUGACUGUCGGUCUCCGCCUCUUCGCAAGAGCGAAAUACGUCGGCCAUAUCUUCAUAGACGAUUUCCUUAUCAUUUGCGCCGCCGUCUUCACUGUUGCUCUGGCUGCAGUGUGUAUCGCUGGUAAGCAACAAAUCGCCAUCAUAUCAUCGUACCUGCGUUUCAUCCACGACAAGACCUUCCGCAUCUGGAUGUACGCGAUAUCUGUGUGCAUUGUCGGUCUAUGGAUUUCAGGAAUCUUCGUCACCAUCUUCCAAUGCCGUCCGGUUCAAGGAGCGUGGAAUUUCACCCUCGAACCAGUGUGCGUCGACUACGUCACCUAUCUAUACGCCAGCUCCGCCGUUAAUGUCGCGACGGAUCUUCUCCUUUGCGCGUUACCUAUACCUCAUAUUUGGAGGCUGAACAUGCCAAAAAGGCAACGAAUCGUUCUAUGUGUGCUACUGGCAGGAGGUGCAAGCGCAAGCAUAUUGGGCAUUGUCCGUAUUGCCUUCUUGGACCGUUUACGCGUCCUGGAUGUUACCUAUCAGAGCGUCGAGUGCGUCAUCAUGUCAGUAGGCGAGUGCAGUCUGGGAAUCAUCUCCGUCAGCAUUGCUGCUCUUCGUCCAAUGGCACGGCAGUUCUUCCCUAACGCGAUGCGAAACUCUCCCUCUUCCUCGUCCAAGCCACGCGAAGCAGGACACGUUCGCCUCGAACACAUACCCUCAAGCCAGGACAAGGAUCAGUUCACAUCGGACAGCAAACAUGAUCUGUCAGGUUCAUACGGAUCGCAUACACAAGUCUCCUGUUAG